AACAUUUUCAGCAAACAUCACUUUCAUCAUAGCUCUGUCAGUGGGAUAUUGAACUCUUCGUAUCUAAAAUGUUUAUCGAAGCCGCAAUUAUUGGUAUUGUUGUUGGUCUGUGCUCUGUCCAUGCUGAAUCGUGUGAAAAAUACGAUGACUUCAGCGACAUUGUUUUUGAGUGCCGUCGAGAUGAAGGUGGAAUACAUGUUUUACCAGAGCUGUCUGCUUGGCGUUAUGGUGAUGACACAGAGAUAACUAAGAAAGAAUUUGUGGAAGACAUCGAGGCUUAUUGCAGAAACGUAACGCCAAAAUACAAGGAGUGUAUUUCUGGCUCAUCGGUAAUGAAGAAGUGUGGAAAUUCUGAAGACAUUGAUAUGUUAACAACUGACUGGGUGUCCAUUUACUGCAAUGGGGAAGGUAUCGCUGACUGGCUGAACGAGUAUCGAUACACACUGUCAGAUGUGUACAGUAUCAAGGAAUAUAAUGAGUGGGCGAAAAGAGUAUCGACUGACUGGUUUGAUUGCACAAAAGAUAAAAUGCCCCAGCUGAACUCAUUGUACCCAGAAUGUAAAUCUCAUUGGCAAGACGCCCUCCUUGUUGUCUGGCUGUCUGAAUCCGUCUCGUCACCGCCUGGGCUCAGGCUAUAUUCAGAACAGAUAUCUCAAAUACUAGCUUUAAAGAAAUUAACAGUCUAGACGCUAUUGUCUUUGUACCUGGUGCAAGAAACGUAUAGUAAGCAAAAACAAAUAUACAUACUGACAUUCAA